AUGUGGGAAUUUUAUACAGGGAAGAUUGUGUUCAUUACCGGAGGCUCAGGCUUUGUUGGAACAGCUGUGGUUUACCGUCUUGUCACCCAAGCUCCUGUGGCCCAUCUCUAUAUCCUUUGUCGAGGCGGUCUCUUGGGUCUUAUUCAAAAGUGGAGGGAAUAUCUUCCGCCAAACAUUGUGAAGCAGAUGAUCGACCCUCGAAUUGUUACAGUCUUGGAAGGUGACGUGUUACAGCCAGACGUUGGUUUAUCAAUGGAUGAUCUGGCUUUGGUCCGUGAGCGAGCUCAUAUAAUUGUGCAUUCGGCUUCUUCUAUUGCACUCUUAAGCUCUCUGUCAAAGCUUGUUAUGCCUAUAAUCGACGCCACAGGACGCUUGGCCCACCUGGCGCUAGAAUGCAAACAUCUUGAAUGCUUUGCAUUUAUCUCUUCGGCUUAUGCAAAUAGCAACCUGUUUCCUCAAACUGAUGGAACCUCAGAAGUUGUUGUGCAGGAAUCUUUGUAUCCACUCUAUUAUUCAGCAAAUAUCGACGAAAGGCAUAAAUCCCUUCAGCAGGAAUGGUCCGAAGUACGAAAGACCGGCUCCUCUGCUGCCUUUGAGUCUCACGACUUUCCUUGGGCCUACGCCUACGCAAAGCAUCUCACAGAGCGACUGCUAGCGUUUACAUUUGCUUCGUCUGAUAAACGCCUGCUCAUUCUGCGUCCAUCCAUCAUUGAGCCAGCCCAAUGCUUUCCAUACCGAGGUUUCUGCCGCCCGACUUCAACCCCUCAUAUUAUUGCUGAAGCUGCAGGGGCUAUAUCGGUUGCACCGGCCAUACGCCUCGCAUCACGAUUUAAAAAUCCCAACCAAGACUCAACUAUAGACUAUGUUCCGGUGGACGUAGUGGUCGACCGACUACUUGUUCAUUUGGCACUUGGCACUGCUGGACCCGUUCAUGCUGUAGCCGGAGACGCACGAAUGUCAUUUCAAGAUAGCUGGAGCCGUACGUUCAAGCAUCGCAAGCUCCCCUGGUCUCUUCGGCCAAAGUGGCUUUCCAAAUCCUGGCAUUCAAAGGACCUCCAUCCAAUUGGCCGAGUGUACCCAAUAAUGGGUGCGGGGUUCAAAUUUGUGGAAGAUCAAUCUAUGAUUAUCUGGCAGCAACUGUCAGAGUCAGAGCGCUCCAAGAUACAUAUGUUUGCGGAUAAAGAUAAAUUGUAUCAUGAUCAUGAACACAUGCGAGAAGACCAUCUUUGGAUUUGCAUAGCACAUUUGAUUAAGCGGCGUAAAUUAACUCGUCGGUUGGUUCAACUGCUUUAUCAUUCUUUGGCUUCUACGGAAUCCGGUGAAAUGGGCGAAUCGGACUGUCAUUGUAUGACUUCGAAAUCACUCUGA